UGCAAAGUGCGUUGACUUCGAAAUUUAUCGAUUUUUUCCUUUUCUUUACCAGGAUCACUAUCGACAUCCCAACCAAAUCUCCAGGAAGCUGUCAACCGCGCCCGAUCCCAGCAGCUGGAGGGGAAAACCGCGCCAGGAUUGGCUGUCUACCCGUGACGUCAUUCAUACUCAAAAUGUAUACGGGCCUUCUGUCGAGACACAGCUAAUUACGAGAUUUCUUGGAAUUACUUCAAAUCAAUAACAAUAAAUCUGGAUGAUGUGAAUUGAAAAAAAAAAAUAGAAAAGAAAAGGAAAGAAAGAUAAAGACAAUAAUUAUCCUCCCGUGAGUGCGUUGGGCGGGGCCACGCGGGGGCGGGGCUAACGCAGGAUCCCAGCAGUGACCCAAGUGAAACCGAGAGGAAAGGAUCAGUUGAGCCACGGACGUUACCGAGAGAGGAAGCAUACACUAAAUGCUCCUCGGUGUUGAUGUGAGAGAGUGCGUGGUUGCGCGCUACUUGUGAUAUGAGAGCAAGAUACAAAGUUCCUGUGUUAAGACUAAAGCCUUGUGAAAUGGCGACGAAGAUGUUUCUAAUACUGACAGUGAUGUCGUUCGCACAGUUAUGUGUGGGAUUCGAAUAUUCGGAUUUGAUGGCGAUGAAUGCCACGUGUCCAAAUAAGGACUCGUGUAAAAGUGAAAAGGGACCUCGCAUGAGUGACCAAGAAGACUGGAAAAAAAGAAACUGCUUUUGUGAUAACCUUUGCGCGGAAUACGGAGACUGCUGCCUUGACGCCAAGGCCUACAAAGCCGAGGAACAGGCUGAAAAGAGAGAGAACUUCGAGUGUGUGAAGCUGAAGCAGUUUGGCGAACACUACAUGCAGGGGCGGUGCAUGGCUGGCUGGGAGGACCUGGAGUUGGCGCUGCUGUGCUCCAGCGGGUCGCCGGAUUCCCAAUCUGAUCGGCGGGACCCCUUGGCCGAUCUCCCGGUCACGAGCCUCGACUCCGCCGUCACCUACACCAACUACUACUGCGCCGUCUGCAACAACGACUCCAGGUCUCUCGAGAUCUGGAAGCCGCGCCUGGAGUGCCCGACGCUGACGAGCUACAACGCCCGCUUCAGGAACCUCACGAUGGAGUACAUCUUCUCCAAGCUCCUCUACAACGACCAAGACUGGGGCAUCUACCUCGACGACAACGGGGUCGAGGUAUUCCAUACUUGCAGCGUGGACCCCGUCAUGCCCGAGACGGUGGCGCACAUGGUCAGGAAGUGCAAGACGAUGACCAGGGAUUGCAAGGAGGAGUGGAGGGACACGGAGGUCGAGGCUCUCUGCCAUUCCUACACAGCCGUCGUGUACAACUUCGACAGGCCCUACAGGAACACCCACUGCGCCCAGUGCAACGACGUGCCCACGGAGGCGAUGCAGUGCUACAACGGCGUCUUCACCAGGUUCUACUUCCGAGACGACUUCAACCCGAGUUCCUUCUCCCUCCUGUUCGACUUCGUGGACAACAGCGGGAGCAAUGUCGUCGGGUCUUCGUCCACGUGCGGGGUUGGCGAGGUGUUCGAUCCGUUCUUCAAGAAGUGUCGGAACGUCGUGUGCGGGAAGGCCAACCAGGAAUACAGGUUUGGCAGGUGUAUCGACCUUGAUGUCAGCCCUGCAUCGUCCACGGAGGAGAUCUCGUCGUCACCAUCGACAUCUACGACGACGACAGUGCCAACUACGUCCGAUGCUGCUACGACAAACCCCGUCGUUGAGUCGGAGGCGAAGGAUUCUAGUGAUGCUGUUGAUGCCAAGGAGGAAAACCGGCGUCUGGAGGAGAUGACCGAAGACGCCGCCGUAAGGGUAGAGGAGCCUGCAGCCAGCGACCCCUCGAUCACUACAACCGACAAGCCCUUGGAGCCCACUACGACAGCCGCAAGCCCUCCUGAAGUGCCUGUCUCACCCUCAGACACCACGACAGAACAAGCCCAAACACUGUCCUGCGAGAGGUUCCUCCUACCAAGCGAGGAGUACACGAUGGGUGCCAACGGGACAGUCGUGGUAGAGAAGUACCAGCGGACGUACCAAGCUCACGAGUACGAAAGACGUGAAGGAGGAAUCCUUGUGUGUAUCAUUCAGCCUGAAGCGGACAAGUUCUCGAGUCUGAUGGGCUGGAUGUCCCUAGCAGGCCUGGGUUUGUCGUGUGUGUGUCUCCUGCUUCACCUCGGCGCCUUCCUGCUGGUGCCUGACUUGAGAAAUCUUUCUGGGAAGAAUUUAGCCUCGUUGUGCAUAGUGCUACUGGCUGCUUAUACUACGUUCAUCCUGAGUGUGUUCGGCGAGCCUGGCAAACGAGAGUGUUUCAUCCUCGCGGCUGCCAUGUAUUACUUCUUCCUUUCCUCCUUCUGCUGGAUGAGCGUCAUGGCAUUCGACAUCUGGAGGACGCUCAGGAUGGCCACGUCGGAGCUGCGUGUGAGUGUGGGCGGACAGUGGCGCAAGUUCGUCGCCUAUUCCCUGUACGGAUGGGUGCUUCCUGCCGCCGCCCUCGUCGCUCUGGUCGUCCUGGAUCUCGUCCGGCCGGAGGGCAUGCCGUCUCACUACUUCCCCACCUUGGGCGAGCGUUGGUGCUGGUUCGGGCAGAGGAAGGCUCUGCUGGUGUUCUUCGCGGCGCCGCUGGCAACCAUAAUGCUCAUCAACAUCAUUCUCUUCAUCUUCUCGGCCAGGAUCAUCGCUGAGACGACCCAGUCCACGGCCAAGAUGACCUCCUGUAACCCCCAUCAGAACCAGUUCAAGUUGUACAUGAGGCUGGCACUCCUGAUGGGCCUCACGUGGAUCAGCGGCAUCGUGGCGGGGUACCUCCAGAUGGAGCCCAUCUGGUACAUCUUCGUCCUGCUCAACACCCUGCAAGGCGUCUUCAUCUUCCUGGCCUUCACCUGCACGCGUAAGGUGUGGCGCGUCGUCGGCGGCGGAUGUUGGAGGAGGGUCGUCCUCGCUCGACGAGGGGUGUCGUGGGUGGGUCGCAGCCCGUCCUCCAGCAGGCAGGGCCUCGAAUCUCGGGACUCGAACGACUCGCAGUUAUCUCACGCCUCCCACUCCUCCGUCACGCACCUGACGUCGAACUCGCGGACCUCCGUGGACGCCUUCUAAGCCCUCCUCUCCUCCGAACUGUCCUCUCAGGUGCAGGAGGCAAGGAUGGAAGUCCUUCAAUAAGCUUUACCAAAAGUCAACGCGGCGUGGAAGCCAGUGCAUAUACCUACGCUCCCAAUUACACGCACAAAACCUCCCCCAGGUCACGACUCAGGAGAUACUCUCCCCCACCGACUACUCAUCAAUCCUAAAGUUUCCUGCUGAGGGUGAGGGAUUGAAGGAUAUCUCAUCCUUCGUCGCCCCCCCCCCCAUCCCUUCGACGGCGGCCAACGCAGUCUCGUGGAGCCUCCAGUGAUGAAUUCCAUGAUACUCCUAAUAUUAUCUCUGUCCCUCGGUUGACCUGUGUACCGUAGUGUCCAUUACUUUGUCGAACUCGAAGUCACAUCAGUGUUUCAGUUGUUUUACCUGAAUCGAGAUUUUCUGUGUAUAUGCAUGAGUGUUCCUCCCGUCUACGUCAUCCUAUGUAAGAAGAUAUUUUAUGUGUUCUCAUGCUAGUCGUGUGUUUCCCUUUUAGUUUUGUAAGGAUUAACUAGCAGAAGACUGCCCCCCUCUAAAUAAUACUAUGUACAGUAUUGGUGUUUCAGCCUUCAUUAGUCGAUAUACUCAUAUAUUUUGUAUGUGGGGAAUGUGAAUGUAAAAGUUCUUUUCAUUCUAUAAAGAAUAUGAUUAAGUGAUGUUCAUGUCAACUGUGCUAGAUUCUUAAUAUACUCAGUCACUAUUUUUGUACAGUGUAUCCGUUUUAAUGAUUUUGUCACUGAAUGUAUUUUUAGUAAUAUAUUUGCAACUGAUUUUUGUAAAUGAGUUGGCAGUGGUAUACAUCUUUAAUGAUGUACGUGUAUGUAUAAUACUCAACACAUGAAUAUACAACUUUUUUUUCCAAAUGUAAAAGCAUGUUUUUGUAAUCGUAUUAAAUGUUUGUAUGGUGUGAACAGGACCAAUUUAUGCAUUAUAACUACUUUGGGUCAUAUUUUGUUGUACAUAUUGUAUAUAUCGCGUAUUAUAUAUUUACAAUACAAUAAAAA